AUGUCCAUUCCAGCGGAGGUGCUACAGAGCCUUACUACUGUUUUCACCAAUGCGCUAAAAGCAGCAGUUCAGGAAGUUUCAGCAGCAGCAGCCGGCGGUGCCAAUGCAGCACAAGAAGGAGGCUCAAAACCAGCAGCUUUCGCAAUCGGAGAAUUCAAGACAUCGGACGGUUCAUCAGUGGAGGACUAUUUCAAGCGUUUCGACUGGGCGCUCAACCUCAGCAGAAUCCGGGAGGCGGACCAUGCCGCAUAUGCUCGCGUUCAUAUGGGAAUUGAACUGAACAACGCACUCAAAUUUCUCGUCAGCCCAAGGCAACCGGAGGAUUUGACAUACGCUGCGAUAAAAACAACAUUGGUGGAACACUUCGACCGGCCGAAAAAUAAGUAUGCUGAAAGCAUUAAAUUUCGCCAACUGCGCCAGGAGCCGGAAGAGAGUAUUGCGAGUUUUGCUUUGCGACUACGACAGACUGCUGCUCAUUGCGAAUACGGAGAUUUUUUGGACCGUAUGCUCAUCGAACAGUUACUCUUUGGCUUGGAAUCUCGCGGAAUGUGCGAUGAAAUUAUUGCGAAAAACCCGGAGACGUUUGACACUGCCUACAAGGUUGCGCACACAAUUGAAGCUACACACAAGACAUCUGUAGAAGUGACAACGGAUCCGGCCGGAACGACAAUAACAACAAACAAGUUGGGUUAUGUGUCAACGGGUGUAAAGAAAGGAAGCUUUCGUCAAGGCUCGAGCAACCAGGAUCGUGCUCCAACAUGCCAUGGCUGUGGAGGCCGCCAUGAGCGAAAAUACUGCAAAUUCCGGGAUGCGGUUUGUUUUGCUUGCAACAGAAAGGAACAUUUGUCGAAGGUAUGUAGAUCGAAGACGGCUCAAGUCAAGGAAGAACUGUCUCCAUUAUCGGAUGAGGGAUCCGAUUACGCCGAUCACACGGAGGCUUUGCAGAAAGUUGAUGUCAUCUCGUCAGUUGAACCUCUGGACAGGAAGAUGCUAGAAGUUCAGAUUGAUGGAAAGGCUGUGAAGAUGGAAUUAGACACAGGGGCGCCGUGUGCAAUCGUGAGCCUGUGUACGCUUCGCAAGAUCAAAGCUAGUUUUCGCCUGCACAAAUCGGAAAGACAGUUUGCCAGUUACACCCGGCAUAGAAUCCACUGCAUCGGCCGCUUGCCAGUGAAUGUUACGUUGGAGAAUGGAUUGCGCAAUUUGCACACGACAUUGACUUUGUGCAGUUGUUUGGCACGGCUGUCGCAUCUCAUCUCACGUUUCGAUGGUGUAUUCGGCGAGACUGCUGGCAAGCUGGCUGGCCCUCCGGCUUCUCUACAUCUGAAACCAGGAGCAUCUCCAGUCUUCUCAAAUGCACGGGAAAUUCCAUUCGCUUUACGAGAUGCGUACGCCAGAGAAAUAGACAAGAAAAUUUCAUCCGGUCUUUACAAGCGUGUGGAAUCAUCUGAAUGGGCAUCUACUACUCACGUCGUCGCCAAGAAGAAUGGAACGAUUCGGAUUACAGACUAUCUUUUUCACAAAAUGAAAGGUGCGGCGGUUUUCUGUCAUCUCGAUAUAACCGAUGCGUAUUCCCAUUUGACGGUUGACGAUGAUUUUGGUCAUGCUCUAACGCUGAAUACACCUACGCACGGGUUGAUUCGACCCACACGAGCUGUAUAUGGUGCUGCCAAUAUUCCUGCAAUUUGGCAACGGCGAAUGGAAACGGUUCUACAAGGACUUUCGAAUGUUGUGAAUUUCUACGACGACAUUUUGAUACAUGCGGCAAGCUUCGAGGAGAUGUUGGAUGUACUAGAGAAAACGUUGGAGUGGCUGAGAACUAAUGGACUUCGCCUAAAUCGUUCAAAGUGCGUGUUCGGGGCUCCUGCUGUGGAGUUCCUGGGACAUAAAAUCGACGCUGCAGGAGUACAUAAGUCGGACAGGCAUAUUGAAGCAAUACGGGAUGCAAAAAAGCCGUCGAGCCCCGAAGAACUACAGCUGUUUCUGGGAAAGGCAACUUAUUACAGCACAUUUAUUCCUAACCUUUCCACACGGGACAGGAUUCUCCGAGAUAUGUUACUCCACGACAAUUUCAAGUGGACAGCAAGCGCCGAGACAGCGUACGCAGAAAUCAAAAGUGCAUUGAUUUCACCACAGGUGCUAAUGCAGUACGAUCCGGAGCUUCCAUUACUGCUAGCAACGGAUGCCAGUAGUACAGGACUGGGGGUGGUGUUGUCGCAUCGUCUGAGUGAUGGAGUGGAAAGACCGAUAGCUUAUGCCAGUCGAACGUUAAGCACGACAGAGCAGCGCUACCCACAAAUGGAUAAGGAGGCCCUUGCGAUAGUUUGGGCUGUGCAGAAAUUUUUCAUGUACCUGUAUGCACAUCACUGGACAUUAAUAACUGACCACAAGCCGCUGUCACAGAUACUACAUCCAGAAAAAUCGCUUCCGACGCUUUGCAUUAGUCGUAUGGCCAACUACGCCGUUUUUCUGGGAAACUUCGAUUUCGACGUUGUUUUCAAACGAACGAAGGAAAAUGUCAACGCAGACUACUGUUCCCGUGUUGUUCCAGGGUGUGGAGUAAACCUAUUGAGAGAGAUGACUAUCGGACGAGACGAACAGUUCGAUGCAUUCGAUUGUUUUAUGUUGCAUCAAAUCCAACAGCUACCAAUCCAUGCUCAACGAAUCGCCCAGGAAACACGGCGAGAUGACGUCUUGGGCAAGAUUCUUCGCGCUCUCGAGGAGGGCCAAUCUUUGGAACGUGUAGGCUUCAAGUCCCCCGAAAUCAACUACAAAACUGCAGCUGGAUGUCUAGUAUAUGAACACAGGGUGGUAGUACCGCGCUCUUUGCAGGAAGCUGUACUGAAGGAUUUACACGUCGGACAUCUAGGAAUAGUGAAGAUGAAGGGGCUGGCGCGAUCGUUUAUUUAUUGGCCCGGAAUCGAUGCGGACAUCGAGCGCGCUGCAAAGGAGUGUCAUGAAUGUGCCAAAAAUGCCAACGAUCCUCCAAAGUUUCGCGAUCACGUGUGGGAGUACCCGAAGGCGCCGUGGGGGCGCAUUCAUAUAGAUUAUGCUGGGCCGUAUCUUGGAGUGAUGUUACUCAUAAUCACGGACGCGUAUAGCGGUCUUCAGGAACAGCCAACAUCACCCCAGGUAUCAACAAACAGUGGUGGUGAGCAGUUCACCACCCCGAGCAUCACCCGCGAUGCUAGCGGAGUGGUAACACCUCCAGCAGCUCCACGAAGGUCGACAAGAGCCAGGAAGCCACGAAUCAUUUUCUCGUCAGAUGGCCGUUAA